AUCAAGAAGAUCCCGUCACACCCAUUGAGAUUCGGAACGGCAUAUAGAGUUAAUUUUCUUGAUGAUUUUGAAUCAUCAAUAGGUGAAGAAGGUAUAAAGUUAUUUAGGCAAUCUAUAUUUGGUCACUACUUAGAUAUGCCAAACUGCAACUUUCAAGGGCAAAUCAUCAAAUGCCUCUUACUUCUUGAGGUAGACCAAAGAAACAAAGAAGAACUGCACAUUCGUCAUGUGCAGGGUAAUAUACUGCGAUUUACAAUAAAUGAUUUUGCUAUCAUUACUGGUUUGCGAUGCACCGGUAAUAUGAAUGACUUCAAGUAUUCUGAUGAUCAAGCAAGUAGAUUAUUGUCUUUAUAUUUUCCUGGUGCCAAAAAUGGGGUCAACAAAGCUCGUUUCGUUGAGCGUUUUCUGGUUGGAGGAUGGAAAACAAACGAAGAUGUCGUUCAGAUGGUCAUUCUCUAUUUCAUCCAUACUUUUGUUUUUUCUCAACUAGGUGAUGCACCUAUAUCAGUUGAUGAUUUCAAGAUGGUAGAAGAUGGUAGUUAUGAGCAAUAUCCAUGGGGGAAAUUAGCAUAUUCAAAAUUGAUAAAAGGAAUGCGUCAGGAGUUUUCAAAUGCCAAACAAAUGUAUCGUCUAGGCGGCAUGCCAUACGCUCUGAAUGUUUGGAUAUAUGAAUGUGCAUCUCAAGUUCCCUCUGAAAUUGCUGUAAGAGUGGGUAAUAAAAUUCCCAGAAUUCUUAACUGGCGUGUUGUCGCCGUGAAGCCAAAAUUUGAGACAUUCAUGUCUACCAUCUUCAGUGAGUAUCCAUGCUCCAACAUUGUCCAAUCUCAACAUGAAAUGGAAUCUAUUGUCGUUCAUGACAGCCAACAGAAACCUGAAGAUUCAACAUCGGCUGCCAAGGUCAAUUUCAGAAAACCUCAUGAAGUCACUAGAUUUGAGGAUUUCUCAACAACACCACCCACUGAAUUUUUAAAGAGAUCCAGGGAUGUCGCUGAGACAUCUUCUCCACCUCCUUCCAAGAGAAUGAAGACUUCCCCUGCUAAAAAGCCAAUUCAAGUAGAAACAGCCAACAUGCAUAAGGAUUUCAUACCACCAAAUGAAUCAGAAAAUCUUGUUUCUCCUGACAAUGAACCGGGGGCAAAGUCACCAAAGGAAUCAGAAAAGCCUGUUUCUCCUGACAAUGUACCAGGGGCGAAGUCAGCUUUAGGAGGUGAAUCUUCCGGUCAUUCGGAUCGAAUUAUUCAUAUGCAAUUCAAAGUUGACCGGAAGUUCAAGCGUUUGGAGAACAAAAUAGAUUCAAAUCACAUUGAUCUUUUGAAAGCCAUCGACAGUAUGGCGAACCGAAUGACUGGCACAUCAUCUCAAGUUAAAAAAGAUGAUUUUGAUCAAUCAUUCCAUGUGGUUGAACAACAAGAAGCACCUACUGGAUUGGAGGGACCUGAACCAUCCACCAUGAUAAAUCAGGUGGACAACAUAUCGGAACAAAGCAUUUUAGCAGAUGUUCCUGAAUUAUUUGAUCAACAAGUUUAUUCUGAUACAUUAAAGAACACUGUAAAGAAAGAUGGAAGAGUAGCUGAUGAUAAAUCUGUCAAAGUAGAAGAGCAAGUCGAGGAGAUUGAAAAAGAAAAAAUCAAACCAAGCACAUCAGAAUCCAAUACUUCAGCACCAUUUUCGACCGAAACUCUGGAUGUGAUAGAUGCUCUAAUAUACGGACUUCCAUUACCAGCCAUGCCAUUGACAGUUGUUAGUCAUGAGCAAGUUCAGGAUGAAUGUCUAUUACGCGAUAGCCAACUACCAACCACUCUUCCAUCAAAAGCUAAUGUAUUGUUUGACGAUGCGAAGACACCAUCUCGAAGAAGCAGGAUUCCUUCGAAGAUCUUACAGUCGCCGUAUCUUUUAAACUUUGGGUCGAGUGAAAAGGGAAAGGAAAAUUUGUCAGAUGUUACGCAUCAGACACACCCUUUUGAAGGUUUUGGUAUAUGCUAUCAACCCCCUUCCGAGCUUGUCACAGACUACUCUCAAUGGAUAGAUAAAGGACUUCUAAAAUCACAUGGCAACAAGAAUUCGAAGGAGGAUCAUUACAGAUCUAAGUGCUCUUCAUUCGGCUUUGAAAAAAUGGACUUUGUUGUGGCAUUUCCUAAAGAUAAGAACUGGUUCUACCUAAUGUCACAGCCGGACAGAUGCUGGAACGAUGAGCACAUCGAUGUAAUAUUUUACUACCUUCGGAAGAAAUCGAAGAUGCAGUUGAGCAAUCAGUAUCGAUACACAACGACAAAUUGCAUUUUGAAAAAUUACAUCGAAUAUGCACACACACGCUACUAUCACCUUCCACCUAACAUUUCUACACAAGAAGAUAUGGCAAGGGCCACUGUUACAGCUCAUCAAGAGAGAUCCGUGAAGAACAUAAUAAGAGGUUUCUCAAUACCAGCCGGUUUGCCCUGGCAUUUGGUAGAUGAGGUAUACAUUCCAGUGAACUGCGACAUGGAUUUUCAUUGGGUUCUUGCGGUAGUUGUGUUGAAAGAGAGAUUGAUACGUGUGUAUGAUUCAUCGCCUAGACGAAGAAGUAGCAACCCUUCCCAAGAGAUCCAAAAGAUAGCAGCAAUGCUACCAACAUACCUGCAAGACAGUGGUUUCUUUGACAACAACGAACGUAUUGAUUGGUCGUCUCUUGAUUCAUACAAGGACAAAUCAACCGGUAAUAUGCUUGAACCACAUCACCCAUUAGCAGUUGAGUAUGUUGAAGGAAUUGUGCAACAGGGAAGUGGCAGCUUGGAUUGUGGAGUUUUCCUGGCCAUGUUUGCUGAAUAUCUUAGUGAUGGAAUUUCUAUUCCAAGUACCGGACUAAACGCUGAAUUCUUCCGUUCAAGAUAUGCCGCACUCUUAUGGAGAUAUGGUUGUCAGAAGGCCAUGGAUGGUUAUGUUAGCGAUAACGACGAUCCAAAAAAACCAAGGAGAGACAUAUCUCCAAACCAAGGAGAACUGAUUGAUGUCCAAUAA